AAAAGAUCUAAGAGUACGUAGUAGGACUAUGAUGACUACUACUAUACUGUAACUUUUGUUAGAUACUAUACUAUACAACGCAUUUACGCAAUAAAAUCGCGUGUGACGCGUAUUUUGCACACGUGCUUUGUGAUCUUGUAAGAUUAAUGUUAACUUUGAUAUGACUAUCAUCUCUUCGUGUCAUAUCUUUAGAUAUAUUCCUUUUGUCGAAUCAUAUCCUUCAUUAUGAUCUAUUAAAUUUUAUAAGGUACUCGGGUAAUAUUGUGCCAUCGUCGUUUAAAAGUGUAAUAAAACUAUUGGCAACAUUAAUUAUAAUCAUGUACCGAUUUAGAUGAUAUUCAAAGUUUUUUCAUAAUUUUAUGUUCACGUUAAAUAAUUAUAAUUUUAUACAAAAUUUUCAAAAAUGGAUAGCAGUAAAAAAUAUGAUAAUCCAAGUCCACGUACGAAAGCUAAUAUAUUUAGCAUACUAAUUUUUUGGUGGUUAAAACCAUUAUUUUUACAUGGAAAAGAUCACGAUUUGGAAGUAAAAGACCUUUACAAUGCACGGCCUACUGAUAUUAGUGAAUUAUUAGGAAAUAAAUUAGAAAGAAACUGGAUGGAAGAAUUAAAAACUGCAAAAGCGGCUGGUAGAAAACCAAAGUUAUAUACAGCUUUAAGAAAAACGUUUUUUUCAUCGUUUGCUUUUUAUGGUGGAUGGACUUUGCUUAUAAGUUUAGUUUCAAGAGUUUUACAGCCGUAUACAUUAGGAUUGUUGAUAUGGCAUUUUGAUCCUAGAGCAACAUCAACUGUAACAGAAGCAUAUUUGUAUGCUACUGCUGUUAUAGUUUUGAUAACGUUAACGGCAUUAAUUCAUCACCAUACUCAAUUAGGUUCAAUGGAAAUUGGCAUGAGAAUGAGAGUAGCGUGUUCAUCUCUAGUUUAUAGAAAAAUUUUACGAUUAUCUCAAGGUACUACUAGUACUACAACUUCGGGACAAAUAAUCAAUUUAUUAUCAAACGAUGUAUCAAGAUUCGAACAAUUAUUUAUAUAUUUACAUUACAUUUGGAUUAUGCCAUUGCAAGGUGCCUUAAUCGCAUUUUUAAUUUGGGAAAGUGUCGGUAUAGCUUCUUUAGCUGGUGUUUUUCUUAUAACAAUUCAAACAAUUCCUGUUCAAGGAUAUAUGAGCAAAUGGACAGCUAGCUUAAGGCUAAAAAUAGCGGUAAGAACCGAUGAAAGAGUUCGUUUGAUGUCGGAAAUUAUAAGAGGAAUUCAAAUAAUAAAAAUGUAUACAUGGGAGAAACCAUUCGAAAAACUAGUUAGUCUAUCAAGAAGUUAUGAAAUUGAUGUACUUACAUUAACAUCGUACUUAAGGGGAUUUACUUUAGCUACGUUUGUAUUUACCGAGCGAACAACGUUGUACUUUACAAUCAUGGCAUAUGUACUUCUUGGAAACAAUAUAUCUGCUGAUAAAGUAUUUUCAAUGGCUCAGUACUUUAAUAUUCUACAAGCUACUAUGGCUAUAUUUUAUCCUAUAGCAGUGUCGUCUGCUGCUGAAGCUUUAGUAUCAAUAAAAAGAUUACAGAACUUUCUGCUAUUGGAAGAGAAUGUACCUUUAAUUCACACAUUGCCGAAAGAUGAAAAAAACAAUAUUAUUUUGAAAGACAUUACUGCUUCAUGGACUGAUUCUACUAUUGUAAACACUCUUCAUGGUAUUAAUACUUAUAUGGGAUUCGGCAAACUUUAUGCUUUAGUUGGCCCAGUUGGGGCAGGAAAGAGUUCAUUUCUUCAGUUAAUUUUAGGAGAAUUAAAAAUAUCUCAUGGUCAAAUAUAUGUUAAAGGCAGUAUAUCGUAUGCAAGUCAAGAAUCUUGGUUAUUUUCUAGUACUGUGAGAAAUAAUAUUUUAUUUGGACAACCGUAUGAUCAAAAAAAAUACCAAAAAGUAAUCAAAGCGUGCGCUUUGCUCAAAGAUUUUGAACAAUUUCCACAUGGUGAUAAGACAUUAGUUGGAGAUAGAGGUGCCGCACUUAGUGGAGGACAACGUGCAAGAAUUAAUUUAGCUAGAGCAGUAUACAGAGAUGCUGAUAUAUAUCUUUUGGAUGAUCCUUUAUCUGCAGUAGACGUACACGUUGGUAAACAUUUAUUUGAUGAAUGUAUAAAUGGAUAUUUGAAAAAUAAAACGAGAAUUCUCGCAACGCAUCAAAUACAGUACUUAAAAGACUGUGAUCACAUAAUUAUACUUAAUAAUGGUUACAUGGAGAUUGAAGGAACGUUUGCAGAUAUUCAAACGAAGAAAAUUGAUUUUUUGAAAUUAUUAGUAAAUGAUGAAUCAAAGGAAAAAGCAUUAGUUAAAGAAAACAGUAUAGAAUCGGCCUCAGAUGUGUUAUCUAAUACUAAUACUGUAGAAAAUGAAGAUGAUGUUGAACCUCAAGAAACAGAAGAAUUAAUGGCUAAAGGAAGCAUAUCUAAAGCUGUUUACUGGAAAUAUUUUAGAGCUGGAGCAUCUAUUUUUGUAAUGAUUGCCUUUUUUCUGUCAAUGAUAUUGGGAUUAAUAGGAAGCAGCGGCAGCGAUUAUUGGGUUGCCUAUUGGACAAAUCAAGAAGAAAUGAAAUUAAAGCAAGAACAAAAUCGUGCGUUCUUUGUUGAUAAUUCUAAUAAAUCUAUAUUAACAGAUGGAGAUGUAAAUUCUACAGAUUCUACGAUCAGAAAUGAUACGAUCAAUAAUAAUAUUACGCAUAUAGUUUUCAAUGAUUUUAUAACGAUGCAGAAUCUAACAACUGAGAAUACGACAAACUUGGAUGAAAUGUUUACCGAAUCAUACGGCCUCGAUGUUACUACCGCUUUAUGGGUUUAUGGAGGUUUAAUCACCUUAAGCAUAGUAAUGACUUCUAUGAGAAAUCUCUUAUUUUAUAAAGCAUGCAUGACAGCUAGCAAAAAUCUACAUAAUAUGAUGUUCUCCUGUUUACUUAAAGCACCUAUGCUAUUUUUUAAUACAAAUCCGUUUGGUCGUAUCCUCAAUCGUUUUUCAAAGGAUAUCGGUGCUGUUGAUGAAAUCUUACCAAGAACUAUGAUAGAAUCUAUUCAGAUUUUUACAGUAAUGACAGGAAUUUUAGCUCAAGUUAUAAUCAUUAAUUGGUGGUCUAUUAUUCCUAUGCUCAUAAUGGGUUUUCUAUGCUGGAAAAUAAGAAAUAUUUAUCUUGCAACUGCACAAAAUUUGAAACGUCUUGAAGGCACUACUAAAAGUCCAGUCUUCUCUCACGUCAAUUCAUCUUUAGUUGGAUUAAGCACAAUUCGUUCAACCAAUGCACAAGAAAUGUUAUCUAAAGAAUUUGAUUCGCAUCAAGAUCUACACACUGGUGCAUACUCUUUGUCAAUUACAACUGCCACAACUUUCGGUCUGGCACUUGAUGCAGUAUCUGUUUUGUUUGUGGCUUUUGUUACAUAUAGUUUCAUUAUUUUGAAUAAUGGCAAUACUUUUGCUGGCAAUGUAGGUCUAGCUAUAUCACAGGUUCUUAUUUUAUGUGGAAUGUUACAACAUGGUAUGCGACAAACUGCAGAAGCGAUAGCACAAAUGACUAGUGUAGAAAGAGUAUUACAAUUUACACAGCUCGACGAAGAAGGUCCAUUUACAAGUGAUCCAAAUAACAAACCAUCACAGGAAUGGCCCAAUAAAGGCGAGAUUAAGUUUGAUCAUGUGUACUUGCAAUAUUCUAAUAGCGAUCCACCAGUUUUGAAAAACUUAAAUUUUAUUAUACAACCUGCAAUGAAGGUUGGCAUAGUUGGACGUACUGGUGCUGGUAAAUCUUCAUUAAUUUCAGCCUUAUUUCGUCUGUCUGAAUUCAAUGGUGCAAUUUACAUAGAUGGAAUUAAAAUUAAUAAGAUUGGCUUACACGAUCUUCGAAAUAAGAUUUCUAUUAUUCCUCAAGAUCCAGUACUUUUUUCUGCAACAUUGCGAGACAAUCUAGAUCCCUUUAAUAAACAUGACGAUGUUGCUUUAUGGACUACACUGGAGGAAGUAGAAUUAAAAAGUGCAUUUAUUUCUUUGGACCAUCAAAUUAGUGAAAGCGGUAGCAAUCUUAGUGCAGGGCAAAGGCAGCUGCUUUGUCUUGCGCGUGCUAUUAUAGAAAAUAAUAAAAUUUUAAUUCUUGAUGAAGCUACAGCGAAUGUCGAUCCUGCAACAGACACAUUAAUACAAAGUACAAUUAGAAAAAAGUUUAAAAAUUGCACAGUAUUGACAAUAGCUCAUAGAUUAAAUACUAUAAUGGAUAGCGAUAGAAUAUUGUUGCUGGAUCAUGGUGAAAUACUUGAAUUUGAUCAUCCAUAUACUUUAUUAAAGAACGAGCAAAGUUAUUUUUAUAAAAUGGCUAAAGAAACUGGUGAUCACAUAAUGGAACAAUUUCAAAUCAUAAGCAAACAGGCCUAUGAUAAUAGUAAAUUCGAUAUAUCUACAGAAAUGAAAAUACAGGAGAAUGGAAAUUCUAAUGGUAUAAAACAGUAAUUACUUGGUACAAUGAUGAUAUAUGCAUGUUUGUGUAUUCUUUUAUAAUCAAAAAUAAAUAAAAAUAUGCACAUA